CCCACCUAUUUCACAGAGUUACUGCCCCACCUAUCUUAUAAAGCUGUGUUUUCCUACCUAUUUUACAGAAAAUAGCUAAAGAAAGGGAAACAAGAAAAUUUAACCACUCAGAUUUUAGAUUUUUCAAGUUCACAGCUGGAUGUCAAAGAGAAACGUACCAAUGCAUGCUACUCUGAAUACUACGCCCCUGUCCGAAUAACUGAGAUCGUGCGCAAGCGCCUUCCGCUCUGCUAUAAAGUUCCGCAGCAGAGCAGCAGCCUGGCGUAGUCGUUAGAUAGAGGUUGGUGCGAGUAGUCGGUCGUCCAAGCGGUUUCAUACUAUACGCACGCCGUUUACGAGUUCAAGUGACAGCCAAACGGCUAGUUGUCUAUCUCAUUCUGGAUAUAUUCUAAGAAUGAAAUUCUUUCUUUGUCUGUCACAGAACGAUAGUGGCAGAUAUAGCAGUAGCACUGAGAACAGUAAUACUAAUUUGUUGUUUAAUUGUGUCUUUGUUCGUUGUAUGAAAGACUUGAAUCGGACGAUAUAUCAGAAUCACUAUAUAUUGUAAUAAUAUCUUGUAAAGACGCUAUACGCGCGUAAAUCCUUUGUAAAUCCGUGUUCGCGCGCGGUAUCGUAUUGCCGCAUAAAUAUAUUGAUUAUCGCGCGCGAGUAAUAAGAUAUAAAUAUAGUAAAUAGUGUACAAUACAUAGCUCAUCGUGUAUUUGAUCUGUCAGUGACGGUGAAGUGGAGUGUAUAUAUUUUCGUUCGUGUAGUGAACUCACUCAUCAUUGGAUAAUUGAAUAUGGAUACCAAUAGGGAGUAUCCAUUGUAUUCAUUGAAGAUAGAUCAUUUUGAACAAAGCUACUGGCACGAAGUAUCAAAAUUCUGCAACUUGUCUAAGAGAUGUAAUGCGGCGUUAUCAGUUCGAUCACCAUCACGUUCAGCAACUUCAUCGAAUAGCACAGAUUCUUCAUCGGAAGUCUGUGAUGCUAUGUUGAGUAUGGAACAGACAUUGAACGAGGUUGUAAAGGAAGAGAAUGUGGAGGACAUGCAAAUGAAACGGAACUCGAUUGUAGCUAACGAGACGAAAGAAAUGGAUCAUCUCUUAAAUAGUGAAUUAUUGUUCGACGAAUUGCAGAUGGAUUCUAAUAUAGAAUCUAAUAAUAUAGUACUUAAUGCAUCAAACACAAUUGAUAUUGAUACUGCAAAUGAUAACUCAACCACUUUGAUGACAAAUUACUGUAAUGAGAUAUGGCAAACUUCAUCCGAAAUGUUACCCUCAGAAGAGAAUCUCAAGCAUUUUUUGAAUCCGGAAAAAGCGAAUGAUAUAUGGUUGCCCAUAAUUGAUAGUCCGACUUCCAGUAGGACAUCCUAUUGUGAGAGGAAUAACCCUCAAAAAAAUUAUUUCCAAGAACUUUUUCAAUUGAUAUCAGAUUCAUACAAAUUAGAAAAUCCGAAAGAAGUAGAAAAUGCAACAGAAACAAAACCAAAAAAAAUAGAAAAAUCAAAGGAAGAAGUGAAGCCAGUGGAAUAUUCGCCAAGCCUUGUACAACUUAAAAAAGAGAUCCCAUGUACGAUAACCUCGCGUGACCUACAAACUGAUGCCAAAAAAUCCACUCUCCAAGAUUCUCCAAAGACGCGGAAUUGGUCGUCCAUUAAACAGAAAAUUAGAAACUUAGAAAGCGAUGGCGAUUCUCCACGCUCGCAAUCACCACAGAGCUACAGCGGUGAUGAUGAACGAACGUGCGCGCAGGAUUCAAUCCAGUCCUUAGAGUACAUAAUGAAUGGAGCAGCUGCGGCGAGUAGAAACAAACCAGAAGAUAAAAACCGCGAUCAACGAGUCAGACGAUCACGGUUCGUCCGAAAAAAUCCAAUGCUGUCGGACAGUGAUAUUCGGCGGAACACCCUCAACGAUCACUCUUACACUCUGAAUGAAGACAGCCUGCGACGUUUAAGAACGGAUUCCACUUCAGAAUCUGGUAAGCAAGGUUCAGAGAUCGACGUAGUAUCGUUCGGCAAAAUGGGAUUUCAAUUUAAAAAGCCGCAAAACCCGGAGAGCGCUACCCAGUCGGUCGUACCUGUUCGCCGACCUCGCGGCAGACCACCCGGCUCCACAAACGCGAAUCGGAAGAGAGCCCUUGAAGAUAAAAUGCUUCCUUUCAUGAAACGUGUUAAAACCGAACAAUCGGAUAAGAGAACUCUACACAACACACUGGAGCGACAGCGACGGGAAAAACUGAACAAUUUGCAGGAAAAGCUAAAAAGGGAAAUUCCGGAACUUGCGAGGAAACCAAAAGCGUCAAGAGCGUCUGUCUUGGAGGAAGGGCAGAAAUGGAUUGAGAACAUAGUCGAACAGGAAAGAGAACUGAUGAGUGAAAACAAUAUAUAUUCGACAAUGAAUCAAAUGUUGUUGUUGAGAAUGAACAAUCUCAGGAAGCAAUGUGAUCGGCUGCGGCUCGGAGACAAGCGGUUUGUAUAAGUACUCUAAAUGCUUUAGCGAUAUAUCGAUGGAAAACGAAUUGAUUCGUUUUUCUAUAGCUACGUUUUAAUAUUUAUUUCUACCUACUGUAAUAAACUAGAUUGUUUUUUUUAUUCGAUCGCGAGAAAAUUCUCGCGUUUCUCAAAUUAGAAGAAUAGAUCCCGAUAGAUCGAACCGCCACGAGACAUUUGCUUCUUUAUCAAUUGUAUAAAGCCGCAAAAGUUUCCCAAAUUUGAAUUUAUGAUUUAGCUUUCAGAUAAGUAUCGCUCUCUCUUGUUCUUCGUCUCUCUCUCUCUCUCUCUCUCUCUCUCUCUCUCUCUCUCUCUCUCUCUCUCUCUCUCUCUCUCUCUCUCUCUCUCUCUCUCUCUCUCUCUCUCUCUUUCAUUGCAUUUUUACGGUCAUACAAUAAGCGCUCUAUUUGAGAGCACCAGUGAAUGGUAUUCUUCUUCGUGUUUCUUCGCAGCUCACCUAAUUCAUACGGAAAAGACAUUUACAGUGAUGGUCAUCAGACGACCUUGAUGAAAGCGAAUCGCUUUUCAGGUCUCUUCUAAAAACACAUAAUAAAAGUCAAAAUAGUCACUUUCGGCUACAAUCUAGUUUGUUACAGUAGAUAGAAAUAAAUAUUAUAAAAAAAGUAGUUAUAGAAAUAGCUAGCGCGCAUCUGUACAAAUGUACAUAUUCAUUUCACUAUUACACUUUAAUUCAAAUUAUUUGUGAAAACAUAAAUAAGUUAGUUAUUAAAACAUGCAUAUUUUAUUGGGUGCAAUAAAAUAGAGCUUUAACGAUAAACUGUUACCAUCUAUCUGUAACCCUCUUUCGUCAUUAAUUUUGGCGUAGAAGGAAAAUAACCUGGAAUUAAUUUAUUUUGUUGAUAGAAUUUUAUGCCACACCAAAAAUCCAUUUUAAUAAUAAUUUGCCGGCAAAUAGCCGGCAUUUUUAAUGGAUUUUUUCACAUAUAUUAUUGAAAUUAUUCGUUAAUUGCUUUAUUUUGUUAAACUAAUAAAAUUUAAAUAAUCAAAUAUUGUGAAAUGUUUAUUCUAAACAUACAUAAGAGAUAUAUAUAUAAGAGUGUAUAAUUACGUAUGGUAUACUAGUAUAUCAUGCAUUUUGUAAUAAUUUUUUGUAUCUUUCAAGUUAUCUUAUAAACUGCACAAGUUUCUCUGUACAAAUUUCUCUAUAUAAUAAGAGAAAUGAUACAAAUUGACGGAAAGAAAUUAUUAUUAUGUUCUAAUCUAACUUAAUCUAAUUUAUAAGUUAACUUAUAAUUGGUAAAGACUAGAGAGGACUAGUGAUUUUGAUAUUAUUAUUAUGUUAAUACUUAUAAACUUGUACAGUUUAUAAGUAUUAACAUCAUAUGACUUUAAUAUACCGUUGAUAACCCAUAAUAAUUUCUUUUUUAUGUAUUUGUAUAUGUAUCUUAUACACAUAUGUUAUUAUACAUAUAUGUAUCUAUUACACUCUUAUGUAUAUCUUUAUGUUAUUUAACAUAAAAACUGUUGGAUAAUCACAAUACAAUACAAUUCAGUAAUAAUGAAUUAACAGAAACGAAGAUCGCAUGGACGCGAUCUACAAUUAAGAAUUUUUUAUAUUAUUAGUAAAAACAAUUGUGUUCAGUAAAUUCAUUACAAAUAAUAUACAUAUUAAAAGGUUUUUUAUAAUCAUAUAAUUAUGAUGAUAAUAACAUCAUAUGCAUAAGAAAUAGAGCCAUCAAACAUUCGAACGCCAACGAGACGCAGAGUCUCGUCGACAUUUCGACAUUUCGAACAUAAUAGAGGAAAAAGGGAAUCAUGCGAGUUAAUAUUUUAAUUAUAUAAUAGACACAUAUCGCGUACGCGCGAGCAUACGUACAUACAACAUAUAUUUUUAUCACAAUUUGAACUUUAUAUUUAUAAAUAUACAUACCUACACAGUUUAAAAUAGACGACAACAUUAAUUGUUUCAAACUGACAACACGUUUAUGUUAAUAAACGUGAAAGAUUAGAAGUUGAGCAACUACCAUAAAAAUAAUUAACAGUUUUUUAUAAACUGUUUUUUAUAUUUUAUGUUAAUAUCGCGACCCGAUAGAUGAAUAGAAACACACAUCUAUCGCACGCGAUUAGUUAGCUCAAUCACUUCCAUGUAAUUUGGAAGUGUAGUUUAGGACAUUACGUUAUAUAUUAUAUAAACAUUAGGUAUUUUUAAGUUUUUUUUAUGAAAAAAGCAUGCUUUCCCGCGUGGAGAGAUAAUUACGCGAGGAGAAUCUUGGUAAAAGUACUCGUCGACUAGAUUGUCGAAAUGCAUCGAUGUAUACAUCGCAUCAUCGCUUUUUGCAGACUUUUGAAAUUCUUGAACCUUCUGUUAAUUCGACAGAAUUAGAUAAGCAUGACGAAACAAAUAAUGCAUUUUUUCUUGCGAAAUAUGAAUAAUGAACGUUGUUAAUUAGGCGACUGAAUGCGAGUACAUUUACCGAUCUUCUGCAUUGAUAAAUAUUUGUAAAUACGGACAAACGAAAAAUCCUCGCUCCAAAUCCGUUCUCCUUGAGGAACGGAAACCUUUUUUACACACAAAUCCUAUCUUUUUCUAUUUCCACAUUUUUCACAUAUGUAUUCUGGCUUGUGAAUUCCAUAGAGUGCCAAAUUUCGUGCUUAUAUUUAGCAUGUGAUUUAAGAAAUAGAAUAAAUACCAUCGGCUUACAAUUAAGCAUUUAUCCUAACCCUCUCUCUUUUUUUUUUUUGGAGGUAUUUUUUUUUUUGGGGGGGGUUAAUUUAGUAGAGUUAUAGUCGUUUAAGGAGCUUUCAUUGAAAAGUUCUUUAGAAAAUCUAAUACGGAUUGCGAAGGUGUUUUUUCAAUUUUUCUACAUCUUGUAGUUUUUUUUCUUUCAAACCUCUCGUUUUGUAAAAAUUUUUACU